AUGAAACGGUGUUCUGCAGUCUCAUUGCUUCUGAGCACGGAUGGCCUAGAAGUUGAGCUCUCCCAGCAUGAUGCGGGUGACUUGCUGCUCCAGUCGUUGAGUAUGGGGCUUCUACAUAUUGUGAAAAAGCUGCUAGUGCUUCCUAGCCGCUCAACGGAGUCCAGGUAUCUCUAUGAAUGGACAACCCGCUUGACAUUUGCCGUUGUGCGUAGCGAUAAGGCUGCCGUGACCUCCCUUCUCACAAAUACCGCAGUCGCGCUAACCACCAAGCCAUUUUUGGGUUCACACCACUGUCGUUGCCUCUAUGCAUGGGGAAUGAGGAUAUUGUCCGGCUCCUCCUUAUAG